CUAAUCGCCCAAAAAAUAAGCCCGAUAUAAGACCAUCCGACUCUUCUCCGUCGCCAAUCCUCACCCCGGCUCACUCGACAUGAAGUACAUCUUAGCGAUUCUGUCGGCAACGAUUUCAUCCGCUUUGGCGGUUUCACCACCGGCCUACAUCAAAGCGUGCGAGUUGAGGAGGCCAGAUUUUGAUAAAUGCGCCCUUGGACAAGCUAAAUACGCGAUCCCGUUCCUGGUUAAAGGCGAUAAAGAAAGAAAAAUCCCUAAUAUGACACCUCUGGUUGUACCACUGGUAGAGUUAAUUCAGGAUAAUAAGUGGAGAAUGGGUGUAACCAAUCUGAGCAUCUAUGGGUUCGAAAAUAUCACGGUUAUGGACGUCAAAAUGAACAAAACGAAUUUGAAAUUUACGCUCGACGUGGACAAUUUAGAGGCCAGUGGAAGGUACGAAAUGAACGGAAGACUUAUUUUCCUGGAUUUGGAAGGAUCAGGAUUUUGUUUCGUCAAAUUUGUUAAGGGUAGCUACACUUUCGACGGCACUUUAACCCCGUACGAAAAUAACGGGAAAAACUACCUCAGAUUUGGUCAACCACGUGUGGACUACAGGGUGAAGAGGGUUCACAUGCAGUUCGAAAACCUCCUCCAUAAGCAAUUCGCCAACACAGGAAUUAACCCGAGUAAAAUUUUGGACGACAACUGGGACAUGGUUAUGGAGGAUAUCGACGUACCUUUCAAGGAGGUGAUUUCGACCAUAGUCCUGGAUAUUGUUUCGUCAAUAAUGGAUGAUAUUCCCGAAAAAAACGUGUUCCUUACUAUGUGAUUCAUACUAUUUAUUGUUUGCUUAAUAAAC